AUGGCCGAUGGGCUAAAACAAUCCCCGUCCAACGAGGCCAGCAGCGUCGCCGAAUACCCUCGAAGCUGCGCCGAGGCUGCAAUUCCGCCUACCAAGACCUCUGUCGUCCAGCGCGUUCGCCAUGUCGCCAAUUCAGUGUAUCAGAAGGCCGUCGUCGAGCCCAUUUUACAGCGAGGCCAGCUGGCCGCCUCAAAGGAUGGCAGGAAGAUACCCUUGCGACUCGACAAUGACGAGCCCUUGAUCGAUACUCGGCGCGGGCAGGCGUACAUCUCCAAUAGCAUUCGCACUUCUCGCUAUACUCUGUGGAAUUUUAUUCCCAAGCAGCUCUUCUUCCAAUUUACCCGUGUUGGUAACUUUUAUUUCCUCUGCGUUGGAAUUCCUCAGAUGAUUCCUGGCCUCUCAACGACCGGUUCCUACACGACGAUUCUUCCCCUCCUGUUCUUCGUUUGCUUGACCAUGUUUAAGGAGGGCUACGACGACUAUCGAAGACACCGGCUGGACAAGGUUGAAAACGCAAACUUUGCGACGAUACUCGGCAAGGAGGACAAGUACACUGGCAAGUCUAGGCCAGCACACUUUCUGGAUCGAUAUAACCCUUUCCAUACGAAAACGACUAGCGAGCCGCUGCCUGUUCCCGACGAAGAGUUCCAAGGCGUUCGAUGGGUGCCGACGAGAUGGGCCGAUAUCAAAGUUGGAGAUGUCAUCCGACUUGCGCGCGACGAGCCUGUACCUGCCGAUAUUGCGCUUCUCUACAGCGACGGAGAAAACAACUUGGCUUAUGUCGAUACUAUGGCGCUUGAUGGCGAGACGAACCUCAAGAGCAAGCAAGUGUGCCAUGCGCUCGAGGGAUGUGACACUAUCGAAGGCAUUGCCAAGUGUGCUGCCGAAUUUGUUGCCGAGGACCCAAAUCCGGAUCUGUUCAACUUCAAUGGAAAAGUAACGGUCAACGAAAAAGCGAUGCCCUUGACACUUAACGAAAUAGUGUAUCGUGGCAGCGUACUUCGUAACACAACAUGUGCUAUUGGAAUCGUUCUCAACACCGGAGAGGAAUGUAAGCUACGCAUGAACUCAAACAGGCACCCAAAGGCAAAGAAGCCGGCUUUGGAGAGGGUGGUGAACCGAAUUGUCAUCACACUGGCUUUCUACGUCGUCAUCCUUUCCGUUGGGGUGUCAAUGGGCUAUAUUCGCUGGCAAAAGAGCACCGAGCGACAUUCCUGGUACUUGAACGAUGCUAGUGUUCCCUUCCAUGAGAUUAUCAUCGCCUUUAUCAUCAUGUUCAACAAUGUUAUUCCUCUAUCGUUAUAUGUAAGUCUGGAAAUCGUCAAGAUUGGACAGUUGCUUCUUUUGAAUUCGGAUAUCGACAUGUAUGACGAAGAAUCGGAUACACCAGCACGAUGCAACACAAACACUAUCCUCGAGAACCUCGGCCAGUUCCGCAAAAUCAGCGUUGCUGGUACUGUCUGGCUUCAUGAGAUGGAUUUGGAACCUCAGCCACAGGUGGAUGGGUCUGAUAGUGCUUCGUCGAUUGUUAAGGAGCCUGAAUUCCCAAGCCGGUCCCCUUCGGUGUAUCGGAGGGACCGCCUCUCUGUUGUAAUUCACGAGGAUGGCCCUGAGGCUAUGGACACACCAAUGUCUCCAAGGCCGUCAAUGGGAGGAAGGCGAUCUUCGUCUCAAUGGCGAUCAACCGGUCGACCAGACCAUGUUCAGCCUGAUGUCAACACCACAGACUUGCUUGAGUACAUGAAAUCGCGGCCGCAUUCAGCUUUUACCAGGAAAACAAAAGAGUAUCUGCUUGCCAUGGCACUAUGCCACUCAUGCUUGCCGGAAAAUAAGGACGGGAAAAUGGACUUUCAAGCCGCCUCUCCGGAUGAACUAGCUUUGGUAAGGGCCGCUCAAGAAAUGGGAUAUUCGGUUGUUCAACGAAAUUCGAAACAAAUCACGGUUCAAGUGACCCAGACCGAUGGGAGUGUUGAGCGGUUAAAGUAUGAUAUCCUGGACAUUAUCGAAUUUAGCAGUGCCCGCAAGAGGAUGUCCAUUGUCGUCCGAUAUCCCGAUGGUCGCAUCUCAGUCAUUUGCAAGGGCGCCGACUCAGCCAUCCUGCCUCGUCUGAGGCUGUCCUCGCUUGCCAUGCAAAAAGCAACCGAGCAUCUAGAUGAUUUCGCAACGGAGGGUCUCCGAACUCUUCUCUUUGCCCAGAAAUUUGUUUCCGAGCAAGAGUACAGGUCCUGGAAGAAGCUUUACGACGAUGCCACAACCAGUCUUACCGAUCGACAGGAGAAAAUCGAAGCCGCGGGCGAGAUGAUUGAACAAGCCUUUGAGCUCGUUGGUGGUAGCGCGAUCGAGGACAAGCUGCAGAAGGGCGUUCCAGAAACUAUCGACAGGCUGAGACGGGCCAACAUCAAGAUCUGGAUGUUGACGGGAGACAAGCGAGAAACAGCCAUCAACAUUGCUCAUUCCGCCCGUAUCUGCCGCCCCGGCUCCGACCUGUACAUCCUGGACGUCACAAAGGGAUCUCUCGAGACGCAGCUCUCGGCCAUGGCUGAAGAUUUGCACGCCGGCUCAAUCCACAGCGUAGUCGUCAUAGAUGGUCAAACCUUGGCUGUUGUCGAAAAGUCGGAAGCCCUUUCGGUGCAGUUCUUUGCUAUCAUGCUCAAGGUAGAUUCAGUCAUUUGCUGCCGCGCAUCGCCAGCCCAAAAAGCUCUUCUAGUUCAAACUGUCCGGGGUAAGCUUAAGAAGUACAGGGGCAAGAAUCGCCGAGGUCUUACACUUGCAAUUGGAGACGGUGCCAACGAUCUCGCCAUGAUCCAGGCCAGUCACGUCGGUAUUGGUAUAUCAGGAAAGGAGGGACUUCAGGCCGCCCGAGUAGCAGAUUACGCCAUUGCGCAGUUUCGCUUCUUGCAGCGGCUGCUCCUCGUCCACGGAAGAUGGAACUAUAUCCGCACUGCCAAGUUUAUCAUCUGCACGUUUUGGAAAGAAAUGUUCUUUUACCUCCCCGCGGCUCAGUACCAGCGAUACAAUGGCUACACCGGCACUUCGCUCUACCAAUCAGCCAGUUUGACCGUGUUCAAUACGCUGUUUACCAGCUUGUGCACGAUUUGCAUGGGCAUUUGGGAACAGGACCUCUCCGCGGAAACACUGCUGGCUAUACCUGAGCUCUACAUCUACGGCCAGCGCAACAUGGGGCUCAACUUUUGGAAGUACAUGCGAUGGAUGGUGCUUGCUGCCAUUGAAGGCGUGAUUACUUGGAACGGCAUCUGGGCUGGCUAUGGAUGGGUGUCACCCGCUCCCAAAGAUGAAAAUCUGUAUGCCAUUGGAUCCCUCGUGUUUACGGUCGGUGUCUUGUGGAUCAACUGGAAGCUAUUCAUCUUUGAAACUCACUACAAGUCCGCCGUAGUCAUGGCCUGCUUCUUCGUCACCACCGCCGGCUGGUUCGCAUGGCUAGCCUUCCUCGACGGCGUCUACGGAGCCACCCCAUCCGGCGUCUACGAUAUCCGCCACACCUUCACCAAGCUUUGGGGCGCCGACGCCGUGUGGUGGUCCACCGUCUUCAUCGUCCUCUCCUUCAUGGGCAUGAUUGAGCUGCUCUUCAAGGCGGCCAAGCGCGCCAUGCUCGUCGCCGGUCUGUGGCACUGGCCUCCCUGGCAGAAGAAGCGGCUUGGUGAUAAUGUUGAGGAGUGGGACCUUGAGCUGUGGCAGGAGAUGGAGCAGGAUCCUGUUGUGAAGAAGAAGCUUGCGAAGAUGGCGAGGGAUCACGAUGAGCUGGAUCUUGACGGGGAGGAGGAGGAGGAGGAAGACGACAUUUUCGACCAAAUCGAGAUUGACAUCUCCAGGAGGCAGUGA